UGGAGUGCCGGUCUACUACCCAUCGAAGUAACCUAGCUAGAAGCGUCCAUUUCAGUUCUGAAACUGUUUCACACCGUUGCGUUUGCGACUGAUUCCGUUGCGAUCCGACCGAUAAACGCUGACCAACGACCGCUCCGAUGGCACCGCUUCGCUGGGGAAUCGCAAGUGCAGGCAAGAUUUCGCACGAUUUCGCGAAUGCUGUUUCGACGUUACCGGCCACCGAGCACCAGCUGGUUGCCGUAGCAGCCCGCAAGCAGGCGGAUGCGGACAAAUUCGCUCAACUGCAUGGCAUCGCGAAGGCUCACGAAGGUUACGAGGCACUGGCAAAGAACCCGGACGUUGAUGUCGUUUACAUCGGAGCGAUCAACAACGCCCACUACGAUAUCGGGGUGUUGAUGCUGGACCACGGUAAACAUCUGCUGUGCGAGAAGCCACUGUGCAUGAACGAGGCUCAAGCGAAGCGGCUGCUGGAGCACGCGACUACCCGGAAGCGGUUCCUGAUGGAAGCGAUCUGGUCGCGGUUCUUCCCACAUUACCGUCUGCUCCGGGAACGUAUCGAGAGCGGUGCGCUGGGCGAAGUACGAGAGGUGUCGGUUGAGUUUGGUUUCGAGUUGCAGGAGGUCGAUCGGCUACGGUUGAAAGGGUUGGGCGGCGGUACCACGCUUGACCUUGGGGUGUACACCAUCCAGGUGUGCCUGUGGGCGUUCGGGGGUGUUGCACCGACCAAAGUGGUGGCCUCGGGCACCGUAAACGAUGAAGGUGUUGAUAUGGAAGUGACAGCUGAGCUUCAUUUCCCCGGUGGUGGUAUCGCACGCAUGAAAACGAGUGCGCUCCGGGAACUGGGCAACACGGCCACCAUCGUUGGCACCAAGGGAACCAUGGCGUUGCCCAGCUUCUGGUGCCCGCUAGUGCUGACCGAUGUCGAUGGUACGGCACGAAAGGAUACACUGCCGGUCGCACGCCAUCCGUUCAACUUCCACAACAGUUGCGGCUUGCGGUACGAGGCGGACGAAGUGCGCCAAUGCAUCCAGGCGGGGCGGCUGCAGUCGGCAACGGUAUCGCAUGCGGACAGCACCUUGAUUGCGCACAUCCAGGAUGAAAUCCGGAAGCAGGUCGGUGUCACGUUUCCGGAAGACACUCAAUUUACGCUCUAACUCAUGGACCGCCUCUGGAGGUAUUCGUGCGGAUAACGAGCGGCAUGUGGCAGGAGCGGAGUUCCGGGCAGAUUGCCGGGCACAAUUCGGUUCUCCAACGUGCAAUCUAGAGGGAUCAGGAAUCACAAAAUAGAAAGUGAGUCACAGACUAGGUGUCAAAUUGACUAUUUUUGGAACAAAUAAACAAAUUCCACAUCCGGAACCAUUGAAA